AUGUGCAGUGUGACGUCUGUACUGGAAGAAAUUACAAAGCCGUCCUCAAAGGUCUAUUCCCUCACAUAUAUUUUUUAUGCUACAACAGGUGAUGACGAUGAUGAAGAAUAUACAGAUUCUGAAGAUAUUGUGACACGUACACAGUUCCCUGAGAGUUGGCUUUGGGAGGAGGUUGAGCUAGGUGAGAAAAGUCCAACACCAGUCACAGAUAAAAUAAUCUUCCUGAAAGACUCCAUUACUACCUGGCAGAUCUUGGCUGUCAGUCUGUCACCAACUCUUGGCAUCUGUGUGGCAGAACCUAAGGAGAUGGUCGUUUCUAAACAUUUUUUCAUUGAUCUCAAGAUGCCUUACUCAGCUGUGCGCGGCGAACAACUGGAAAUCAAGGCCAUUAUUCACAAUUACUCGCAAAAGGAUCUGAAGAGGGUGCGCGUGGAGUUCAUGGAGACAGAAGAUGUUUGCAGCUUUGCCAGUAAGAAAGGCAAAUACAGAACAAUGGUAUACGUCAAGAGUGACUCCAGCGUAGCGGUUUCAUAUGUGAUUAUUCCCAUGACACUGGGAGAACAUCAUAUUGAAGUGAAAGCUGCAGCAUAUGAUUUCUCUGAUGGAGUGAGGAAGACACUGAAGGUGGUGUCUGAGGGUGUGCUGACUCCAUUACAUAGAGAAAAUGUGGAGCUCAAUCCUGCUAAGAAUGGAGACAAAUCUUUAGUUUUUAAAGCUGACACACCAGCUGAUCGCCUUCCAGACACACCUGCUAAGACGUACAUCUCAAUUAACGGUGAGGAGAUCACUCAGACAGUCGAGCAGGCCAUCAGUGGAAGCUUCAUGGGUCGUCUUAUUAUCCAACCCAGUGGAUGUGGAGAGCAGAACAUGGUCCGUAUGACUCUACCUCUCAUUGCCACUCAUUACCUGGACCGCACCAAUCAGUGGGAGGCUGUUGGCAUGGAUCGUCGUACAGAUGCCAUUAACCAUAUCAACACAGGUUAUCAGCAGCAGCUGGCUUACCGUAAACCAGAAGGAUCCUUUGCUGCUUGGACACACAGGCCGAGCAGCACAUGGCUGACAGCAUAUGUGGCCAAAGUGUUCGCCAUGGCCAAUAACUUAAUUGCUAUUAAUGACACUACAGUCUGCAACGCCCUUAAAUGGCUGAUUCUCCACAAACAACUUCCUAAUGGCUCUUUUAAAGAGGAUUCAGCUGUAAUUCAUGGAGAGAUGGUGGGUGAUGUACAGGGCAAAGAUGCCGAUGCCUCUCUGACGGCCUUUGUCGUGAUCGCCAUGCAAGAGGGCAGAGAGAUCUGUGCUGGAUCAGUUGGUAGUCUGCAUGAAAGUAUCAGGAAGGCUGUUGUCUUUUUGGAAGGUCGACUUCCAAAACUGACCAAUCCUUACGCUGUUGCGAUGACAUCCUACGCCAUGGCCAAUGACGACAAACUCAAUAAAGACAUCUUGAUGAGACACUCCACCCAAGAAGAAGCCGGUCGGUCCUGGACUGUCCCUGGACAGCAUCAUCACUCACUAGAGGCAACGGCGUAUGCUGUGCUGGCACUUGUGAAGGAAAAAGACUUCAAUAAAGCAGGAGAGGCAGUGCACUGGCUGAACAGACAACAGUCUCACUAUGGUGGUUUUGAAACCACGCAGGCAACCAUCAUGGUGUUUCAGGCCGUGGCAGAGUAUCGCACACAGGUGAAAGACCGAAAAAACUUCAAUCUGGAGGUGGAGCUGUCUGUGGCAGAAAGAAAAGAUAGUGUCACAUACACUAUCAGAAGAGAUAAUAUUCAUCUUACACGGUCAGACAGGGUGGACAUAGACAAGGACUUCAAUGUAACUGCUAGAGGAACUGGAACAGCCACUCUCUCAGUUCUGACGCUGUACUAUGCCAGACCUAUUGAGAAGAAGUCUGACUGUACAUUCUUUGAUCUGACUGUUAAAAUGGAGAAAUGCCCUGAAACAAAUAAAGACGCCAUUGCAAGUUACAACUUCAUUAUGGAUUUCCGUUACAAAAAUGAUCAAACCAAUGCCACUAUGACUAUUCUGGACAUUGGCAUACCCACUGGAUUUGAAGUUGAAAAAAAUGAUCUUAAAAAGUUGUCAACGGGGAAGGAGAGAUACAUUCAGAAAUUUGAGAUGGACAAAGAGCUGUCAGAGCGAGGAUCCCUCAUCCUCUAUUUAGAUCAGGUUUCUCAUAAAGAGAAAGAGAGAAUAGUGUUCAGAAUGCACCAGCUGUAUAAUGUGAGUGCGCUACAACUUGCUGCUGUCACAAUAUAUGAAUAUUACUCACCAGAUGCACGCUGUACAAAGUUCUACCACCCUGAAAGGGAAGAUGCCAUUCUAUACAGACUGUGUAAAGGAGACCUGUGCCAGUGUGCAGAAGAAAACUGUAGUUACCAGAGGAAAACCAAUACCAAAGAAGAGGAGCGUUUAAAUAAAGCCUGUGAAGGUGGCAUGGAUUAUGUUUAUAAAGUCACAGUAGUGGGGAUGGAUCUGAAACAGGACUCUCACAUCUAUGAUUUGAAGGUGGUGGAGGUGCUGAAAGAAGGCACAGACAAUACAGUCCAUGGGGAAGUGAGGCAAUUUUUGUCUCGUCCAAGUUGCAAAGAACAUUUGGGAUUGGUAGUAGGCAAGUCGUACCUCAUCAUGGGCAAAUCUGUUGACCUCCCAAUCUUAGGUGGAAGGCUGCAGUAUAUUUUUGGAGAGCACACCUGGGUUGAAUACUGGCCUACAAGAGAGGAAAGCCAAACUUCAGAACACAAGGAUCGAUACGUCGGCAUCUCUGUGCUUCAGAAUAGCCUGACUCUACACGGAUGUGCUACAUAAUUAAAAAAAUUAAACAUGAUCUUUAGCACGCUUUCAUUAAAUCUUAGAUAAUAUUGUCUGAGUCAAAAUACGUUUUAAUACUAAUACAAAAUACCAGUAAUUUUGUAUAAAAAAAAGGAUGACUGAUUGAAACUUGAAAAAAUGUUCAUUUUAGACACCUGACUAGUUAAUAAUGGUGUGAUUAAACAGUGCUUUGCAAGAAUGUUCUGAUUACUCUGAUGUUUAAUUCUGAACUACUAAUCCAACAUUGUAAUUAAUUUUGUGUGAUAUUUUGAAUUUGUAUAAUCAUUUUAGUCAUAAGAGACUUUAAAGGAUAAUUUCUGGAUAUCUGAAUAGAUAUAAUAUCUGAAUGAAAUUUGAGUAUAUAAAGGCUAAACAUUAUUUGAAAAAAAAAAAAAAAAACCAUUUCAAAUGAAAUCAAAUAAAUGGGUCCAGAUG